GCUUUUUGCAAGCGUGUGCCUCUGGCAAUACGCAUCCGGGCACCGAAGGGCUGGGCACGGAGCACCGAGGCAACCCCAGACGUGUCCAUCAAAGGCCUGGUCCGCAAGCACGGCGCCGCGGCGGGCGCGGGGCAGCCUCCCAGACCCACAGAGCCAGGAUGGGCUCCGGCGCCUCGAAAGCCAAUGCGCCGAAGAAUACCAAAAGAAAGAAGAACGACCCCCGCGCCCAGCUCGAGCGGCUGGUCCAGGGCGGCAACGUCCGCGGCGUCGCGGAUUUGCUCAGCAAAAAAACCGAGCUUACGAAUUCACCACUCGACGACAAGUCGGGCACGCGGGCCAUCCACAUCGCCUGCAGGAACGGUGAUAGAGAUAUGAUCCGGGAACUCAUGAAGCGGAACUGCUUCCUGAACCAGAAAGAUUCGAAGGGAUGUACGGCGCUCAUGCUCGCGGCGGCCGCGGGCCACGACAAGAUCGUUAAAUUGAUUGUCGAUUCAGGAGCGGAUGUCCGGAUGAAGGAUAAAAAUGACGAUACAGCAUUAGAAUACGCGGAGAAAAACAACCGGCCGAAGGUGAAGGAGCUCCUCAACUUAUAUGCGUGCGAGUACACGUGGUGACCCUAACUUUGUAUAUUAUUAUUCUUAUCUUCCGG